AUUAAGUUAAGUUUGGCGGAGCUCCCCAUGUGGCAGCAAGUGCAGUAUUCACAAGAUAUUUAUUGAUGCACACCCUUCAACUCGUACAAACUAUUUCGUAGCUCAAAGGAACAACUCCAGGAGGCUUUCCAUGGUUCAGAGCAGCAUAGACACCCACCAGGCAACUGACCAGACGCGAACAAAAGUCUUGCACCCGGCGGAAGACCAACCGAUUCAUUCACCAUCAACUCUCUGCCAUCAUCAAGAACAUGAAGAAGUUCAAUCACCUGUUGAUUCUCACCAUCCAUUAAACAAUCAACCCGAGACGGCCCAAACAGCUCACAAUUGGUUUAAAUCAUGGUCAAAAGCACUCUCACCCAUUGCAUGGCUUGAAAAUAAGUCAAGCGUUGCCAGAGACCAUUUGGCCAAUGAGCGCACGUUUCUGGCUUGGUUCAGAACUUCAUUGAGCCUAACAUCCAUCGGAAUUGCACUCGUUCAACUAUCACGACUGUCGAAACAAAUCAAAGUGGCCCAAGUUAAAAAAAUAAUUACAUUGGUCCAACCGAUCAUCGAUCCCUUAUCACCUCAGUCAUCGUCCAGCGGAGUACCUCAUAAUUUGGCCGAUCUUUCCAGCUCAUCCUCAUCCAACUCCAUUCAAUCCUCCCUCGAUCAAAUCAACCAAAAUCUGAUCAACCUCCAGGCCGUAAUCAAUGGAAUUCAUCAAGAUGUAGAUGCGAUAAAACGGACUAAAAGCCUCGCCAGUGUGAUUGGAAAUUGUUACGUAUGCAUCGGAUUACUCUUUCUUUUCAUUGGCACGUAUAGAUACUUUCGCGUCCAACAAGUCUUGCAAACCGGCAAGUUUCCUCACAGUCGAAGGUUGAUCGGGCUCACCACCUUUGUUGUCUCCGCUCUAUUAAUCUUCACGGCUAUCGGAAUGUUUAGGACUACUUUUUAAUUUUCGUAUUUGCCCUUGGAUAGCGUCGUGAUUUUGAAUAUUGGUAACAACAGCAUCAGUUCUUCAACCUCUUUUGUACAUUAUCUAUAUAAUAGGAAACUGUUAUGAUGUAAUUCUAUUGGUUCAUGUAUGGAAGCCUACAAACUCUGAAUUGGAAUUACAACAAUUGUAGAGGGUUGAGGUCGCAAAGAGGAAAGCAGCACUCUGGACACAAAAGUG